UCCCAAUCACGAAUCCCUAAAACCUUCACCACCGCCGCCGUCCACCACCGUCCACCGCCGCCGCCGCCACUGAUGACGGCGAUCACCCAACGCCUCCUCCAUCACCGCCCUACGCCGCGGACACACACAUUCUCCCUCCACCGCUUCUCCACGUCCUCCGACUCCGGAUCCACCUCCGACGCCCCGCCGCCGAAAUCCGGACCCGAAUCCGAAUCCGAAUCGCAGCCGAAACCCUCGGUCUCCUCUUACCUGCAGUCCGUCAGAGCCUCUCUCCAGAGAGAACCGCUGCCGCACAACCGCCUCCAGCCACCCCGCAAACCCCUCUUCACACCCACUCCCCAAACCCCUCCUCCGUCCGGAGCGGCGCCCAAACUGGAUGAAAUCCGCCGCAAGCUCACCGGAUUCCGCAGCCAAUACGCCUCUUCUCCUCACCCCUCCUCCGCCGCAUCCGGUCCUUCCGUCUCACUCCAAGACCUCUACCAGAGAAACCUGCCCUCCAAAAACGACGACUCCGCCGCCCCGUCCAAUUCCGCCGGAAAGCCAAACAUGAGCCCUUCCUUAGACGCCAUACGGAACAGUAUCAACCAGCUGCGCACCGAUUCCCCUUCCGGCAAGGCCAGCGAUCCACUGUCGCUCACGCGGUGGAAGGAGACCUUAAAUCUGAAGCAACCAAACAACGCCUCCGGUGACGGUGGCAAUCGGAUGCGAACGGGUUUGGGUUUACCGUCUUAUAUAAACAACGGGAAGAAUACAAUCGGGGGUGGAGGAGGAAUACUCAGGACUGGGUCUCUGAAGAUGUACGAUUAUUCGGAAUUGGGUUCGAAGCUGAAGGAAUUGAGGCCGGAAGGGAAGAAGGGGAAAUGGUUUUCGCUGCUUGAACUGAAUGAGAGGCUCGCAAAGCUGAGGCAGAUUGAGGAGGAGAAGAAGCAGCAGAGUCAGUUGGGUAUGGGUGGCCAGCUGUUGGAUGAUUUGAGGGACAGUAUAUAUAAUCUCAGUGUAUCCACAGAUGAGAAAGAGAAGAAGCGAUUGAAGCAGAAAUAUAAUAUUUUGAGCCAGCUCGGCGGAACCCCAACCUUCAUGAUGUCACCUCCAAAGGAUCACUUAGUUGAGAAGUAUUUUCAUCCUGACAACCUUUCGUCUGCUGAUAAACUAAAGUUGGAGCUUAAAAAAGUGAGGGAUGAAUUUAAAAUGUCGGAAUCAGAUUGUGGUUCUGCUCGAGUUCAAGUAGCACAGCUGACGACAAAGAUCAAGCAUUUGUCAACUGUUCUACAGAAAAAGGAUAAACAUUCUCGGAGGGGCCUUCAGCUAAUGGUUCAGAGAAGGAAGAAGCUGUUAAAAUAUCUACGAAGAACCGAUUGGGAUUCUUACAGCCUUGUUCUUUCUAAGCUUGGUCUGCGUGACAAUCCAGAUAUCAAGGCUUAGUUAAUUACCGUAAUUUUUAUUUUCGUAAUAGAAUAUUUGUUGGUGUUAAAUCCUUGUAGUAAGUUUAAUUUUUGCUGUGGUUUCUAUCGACUUGUUUAACGGGCGUUCUACGUUUAGGGGAAAGGGGGGCAGUUUUGUUUCGUGUGCUAUUCUCGUCGCGUAUGGGAGUAUGUUUAGCUCCAAAACUAUUUGUAUUUUUCUGUGAUCCAAAUUGUUAUGUAUAUUUGUUUUGAGCUUCGGCACUUGCUAUUAAUCUAAUAAAUUUGAUUAUUUCGAUUUA